AUGGUAGACCGCCGGCAGAUUAUUUGUCGGCGCAAGCUUGGAGUUAGGGGUGCUACUUUACUUUUACUAAUUAUUACAUUAUCCGGUAAAAGUAAUAAACGUUUAUUACUUAUUACCGGUAAAAGUAAAGUGACACCUCUACUUGGAGCAUUAAAUCGUGUCUUUGGAUUAGCUCCAGCUGAAGUUCGGCGUCGAAUUUAUCUUUCUUCUAUUCUUCCUAAAAUUAUAAUGGUAACAGAAAAUAAUGAUAAGCCGUUGUUUCAACGUUUGCCUAUAACCAUCAUACCAACACAUUAUGAUCUCACUAUUCAGCCGCACCUUGAUACGUUUAAAUUUGAUGGCAGUGUUAUCAUUGAUUUGCAAAUAAAAGAACCAACGACAUCUCAAGAUGGUUCCGUUCAAAUGGAUACAGAAGGAGAACGAAUUAAAGUUAAUUUUUCAAAUAAACUCGAAAAGGGUGAUUACCAAUUGAGUUUGAAAUUCAUCGGUGAAGUAAACAAUAAAAUGAAAGGCUUCUAUCGUUGUAAAUACAUAACACCUUCAGGUGAAACGCGAUAUGCUGCAAGUACACAAUUUGAGCCAUCAGAUUGUCGUCGAGCGUUUCCAUGCUGGGAUGAACCAAAUUUCAAAGCUACAUUCGAUGUCACAAUGAUUACACCAAAACAACUUUUGGCUAUAUCCAAUAUGCCAGUUAAAUCAGAAUCUGAAUUUAAAAAUGAUAAAUCAUGGACAGUAACAAAAUUUGAGCGUACACCAGUUAUGUCAACAUAUCUUGUGGCAUUUGUUGUGGGAGAAUAUGAUUACGUUGAAACAAAAGAUUCAAAUGGAGUUAGUAUAAAAGCGUACACCCCCGUGGGAAAAAAAGAACACGGUAGAUUCGCAUUAGAGGUUGCAGCAAAAGUUUUGCCAUUUUAUGCUGACUAUUUUGGAAUAAAAUAUCCAAUUGCUAAAGCCGAUAUGAUCGCUAUUCCCGACUUUGCAAUGGGUGCAAUGGAGAAUUGGGGUUUAAUUACUUAUCGAGAAACAGCAUUAUUAAUCGAUCCAAAAUUUUCCUCGAUGGAUCAACGUCAACGAGUUGCAAUUGUUGUCGCACAUGAACUUGCUCAUCAAUGGUUCGGUAAUUUAGUAACAAUGGAUUGGUGGACAGAUCUUUGGUUAAACGAAGGAUUUGCCACAUGGAUUGAAUAUCUCGCUGUUGAUAAAUGUUUUCCCGAAUUUGAUAUUUGGACACAGUUUAUCGCCGACACAUUUGCAUCUUUUCUUGUGCCGGAUGCUUUGAAAUCAUCGCAUCCUAUCGAAGUACCAAUCGGUCAUCCAGCUGAAAUCGAUGAAAUAUUUGAUGCCAUAUCAUACUUAAAAGGUUCAUCUGUUAUUCGAAUGUUACACGAUUAUAUUGGCGAUGAUGCAUUUCGAAAAGGUUUACAUAACUAUUUAAAAGAAUACAGUUAUAAAAAUACCAUUACUAAAAAUCUCUGGUCUCAUUUGGCUAAAGCAUCGAAUAAACCCGUAGAUGAAGUCAUGUCAUCAUGGACAUUGCAGAUGGGUUAUCCAUUGAUAACCGUUCAUGAACAACAAUUAAAUAAACAACGUGUAUUAAAAUUGACACAACAACGUUUUAUUUGUGAUGGUAGUAAUGAUGAUGAAAAUCUUCAGUGGAAAGUACCCAUAACUGUCGUCACAAAAUCACAACCAAAAACGGUAGCACAAAACGUUUUGAUGGAUGAACGCGAAAUAACGAUAACAUUGGAUAAUGUUAAUGAAAAUGACUGGAUUAAGUUAAACCAAUAUAGUAUCGGGUUAUAUCGUGUGAAAUAUGAAUCAAAAACAUUAGAAAGAUUAAAUGAACCAAUUUCAUCAAAGAUUUUGAGUCCACAAGAUCGUUUAAUGGUCCAGAAUGAUGUUGCUGCAUUGUGCAAUGCAGGACAUCAAUCAUUUGUUGAUUACUUAAAAUUGUUACGAGCAUACAAGAACGAAGAUAAUUUUACAGUAAAUAUUGUUUUCUGUCCUCCUCACUCUAUUAAUAUGUCAUUUUGUUCUAUGCUAAUUGUUCAGGUAUGGAAAUCAAUAGCAUCCAAUAUCGAGGAUUUAUCAACACUCUUACAAUAUACAAAUUAUUUUGAAGAAAUGAAAAAAUAUUGUCGUGAUAUAUUCUCAACAAUUCAACAAAAACUUGGAUGGGAUGUGAGACCAGAUGAAAGUGCAUUAUUGGCAAUGCUUCGUCCACUUAUAAUUGGCAUUGUUGGAAAAUGUGGUGAUCAAGCUGUUAUUGAUGAAGCUAAACGUCGUUUUAAACAACACCUUGCUGGUGAUUUAAUCGAUCCAAAUAUUCGUAAGCCCGUCUAUGCUCUUGUAUCUUUAUACGGUGAUGAAUCAACACAAGAAGAAUUGAAAAAACUUUAUAAAACUGCUGAUAUGAUGGAAGAACAAUCUCGUUUAUUACGUUCGCUGGGUCAAACAAGAAACCCGGAGUUGAUUCAAAAAACACUUCAAUUUGUGUUUGAAGGGGACAAUGUACGAAUGCAAGAUUCUAUAGCGGGUUUAGUUGGUUGUGUAUCGAGUAAAAUUGGUCGCGAUAUUGUUUGGAAAUUUUUAAAAGGAAAUUGGACCAAAUUAGCCGAACGUUUUGGUGAAAAAAGCAGUUAUCUGGUUUAUUUUGUUGAAUACGGUUUAUCCGAUUUUGCCGAUGAAGAAGUUUCAAAUGACAUAAAAACAUUUUUUGAUAAUGCCAAUACACCGAUUGUCACACGACCAAUAAACAAAGUUGUUGAAACAAUUCAUAUGCGUUCCGAAGUAUUAAAACGUGAUUCAAAAGCAAUCGAAGAGUUUUUUAGAAAAAAUAAUGUUUAA